GGAUCGCAGAGAGGAUCGGAUGUGAUCGCGAAAUGUGAUGGAUGGACGAACAAUGGCGGCUGUUCUUCGAAUUGACAGCACUAUAAUUUCGAAAAACUGCAAAAACAUGUGAUCUACAUGCUACCGCGGGACCAUACGAGUUGAGUGGAUGUAAAAGGGGGACAAACGAAACUGUCGUUGACAGUUUGAAAAUUGAAGAAGGGGUUGAUGGAUGAAUGGAUUCGUUAUUGGUAAUGGCAGUGGACGAAUGUUGUUCAUUCACAGACCAAGUGGAUCGAAAGCUCGGCAAGAAGGCAGGAGCGAGCGUGCAAGCACGCCUAAGUGAUGAGCGAUUCUCGGCAUCACCUUCGGUCUGUCUCGGAUUUGUAUGCAGCCGACGAAAUAGAGGUACUCCUUCUAGAAGAAAUUCGCGACCUGGAGCCCCCUACUGCGUAUUCUAGACCCGAGGACAUUCAAGACUUCGAAAUUGCGGGGAGUAGGACAGGGGGGCGAAUCAGCUCCCAGUCUUCGGAGCUGGAUUCGCCAGGAAUCCACUCCACGGUUCACUCCUGGGACUCGCAUGCCAACUAUCAUUAUGGCCAGGGUGGACACGGAUCUUCAAAUACACUGCCAUGGCCUCGAGUCAGUCACGUAGUUUUAUACUGCGAUAUUCAAGGCCAUCUCCGAACUUCUACUGGAGUCAUCAGGCUUCUGCUGCUGAUAUCUUCGGCAGCAUGUCUAGCGACUCUAUGCAGUUCGGGCACUGCCAAGGUCAGCCUUUUUAUGCUGCCACUAGUUGGACGUUUAAGAUUCAUGAUCUUCGUCGCCGUUUUUUGUCUCCUAGUCACAUCUCUACUUCUCUUCCUAGACAUUUCACACAUCAUCUAUUUUUUCCCUUUGAAUUGGCCUAGACUGAAUACUUGGAUGUUUACUGGCCUCGGAGUGUCUUACGUAGUCAGCAGUACGUUAAUAGUGAGCUCAGUAUUAGAAUACCAUGGAGGUGGUUGGGUUCCUCGUCGUACUCGAUCCCAAUUAUCAGCAUCAGCAGGACUCGGUCUAUCCUGCGCUUUACUUUCAUUUCUUCUCUCGUGGCUCCAUGGACGAGGUGCAUCGAAUUGCAAAGGUGCAGCCGGCCACGAAGGCUCAACCAAUCAACAAUAUAAACCUGUAGAUAAUUCCACAUCUUCUGGGGCGACCCUAAAGGAUAAAAGUCCCAACAGAUGGAAGGAUCAGCAAUCCAAGAAGCGUAGCACCGAGCCAAACGCAAACUCCAACAACGCUCACAGGGGAAAUAGUACCAGUAGUUACGAAAAUAGGUUCAAAACCGCAAACAGAAAAGAUCACUGGGCCUCAGCGAGGCAGAAUUUCUUGCAUGACGAUGAUGACAACGAGGAAGUCCAAAAAGAGGACCUCGAAGCUGAGCGGAAAAGGCGAAGGAAAAAAAAAGACGAGACUAGCAUAGGUGGAAACGGGAGUCUUUCCGCAAGUAAAACAGGAACGAGCAUUAGCCUCGAGGAAACAAAACCGAAGCGAGUGGUGCCGCAGAAACUUCCUCUGAAGAAUAUCGAGAGACCUCAGUCGCGUUCCACUCCGAAGAAUGUAGGUGCGAAGUCAACAAAUGUCAAGUCUUCGAAACCCCAGGGUAAUGAUAUUCAAGCUUAUUGGAAUAUGACAGAGACGAGGCAAAUUGAAGUGACUGAAAAUGGCUUGAACUGGGAGGUCGAGCCGAAACCGAGUAACGGGGAGUCGGAGGCGAUUGAUGUGACCAUUGUUGAAACCACGACGUGGUCUGAAAAGUGGCGUCCGCCACCGGAUGACGUUCAGCCGUGUUCUAGCAAAACCCUCGAUCCCUAUACGUUUGCUUAAUCGCUAGGCAUGCUCGAAUAAUUUAAUUUGAUGAAGCAGAGUGGUGCAAAUCUGGAAUUUACUAUUCACUAGAAAACAAACACGCUAUUGAGUAUUCUAACAUUACGUCAUACUCGGUCAGUAACGUCGAAAUCUAUAAGGCCAUACCGUACUGCUAUGCAGUUGGCCUAUGAUCGUUGCAAAUGCAUGACAAAAUAAGAACGUUGAUUUUAAUAACGCAUUAAAAGUAAUGUACUGACAGUGUUAAAUAAUCUUUGAAUGUUUUGAUUGAUCUUUUCGACAUUUUCCAUUUUCUAAGCGAAGGAAAACUAAAAAAACUGCUCUUAGAU